AUGGCCAUGGCUUCUCUGAGCUGUCUUCCUCACUCUCUGCCCGUUGUCUCUCGUUCUUCACCUUCCUCUUCUUCUACAAAAUAUCUUAUUCCGAGCAACCCUACCUACCCAAAACGUCUUCGUUUGGAUUCGAGAAACAGCAAUCACAGAAAAAGCUUUGCUCUGAGAGCGGCUUUGGAGGAGGUAUCUGUUAUUGACCCAGCUCCUCCUUCAUCUUCUGGAAGUAAGGGCAAACCCAACCCUGAGCUCAUAGCAUCUUUGAAGCUCAAGUUAUUGAGUGCUGUUUCUGGGCUAAAUAGAGGUCUUGCAGCUUCUGAAGAUGAUCUACGAAAGGCAGAUGCUGCUGCCAAGGAGAUUGAAGCUGCUGGAGGUCCAGUGGAUCUCUCAACUGAUCUUGAUAAACUGCAAGGGAGAUGGAAACUGAUAUUUAGCAGCGCAUUUUCUUCUCGUACUCUAGGUGGGAGCCGUCCUGGACCUCCCACUGGAAGGCUACUCCCAAUUACUCUAGGCCAGGUAUUUCAACGAAUUGAUAUCUUCAGCAAAGACUUUGAUAACAUAGUGGAGCUUGUACUAGGUGCUCCAUGGCCCCUGCCGCCUGUUGAAGCAACUGCCACAUUAGCCCACAAAUUUGAACUCAUAGGAGAUGCAAGGGUUAAGAUCGUAUUUGAGAAAACUACCGUGAAGACAACAGGAAGCUUAUCGCAACUUCCUCUAUUGGAGUUACCUAAGUUACCAGACGGACUAAGACCUCCAUCUAACCCAGGAAGUGGUGAGUUUGACGUUACUUACCUUGAUGCUGACAUCCGCAUCACCAGAGGAGAUAGAGACGAGCUGAGGGUUUUUGUGGUUUCAUAG